AUGAAUAAAAUCAGGGGCCUCCCACCUGAGGCCAGGGAACCAGGCCCUGGAGUGGAACUUGGGGUGGAAGAUGGUCUUCUUUGUCAACUGAUUCAUUCUCCAGAAUUCAACUUGUUCUCCAACUCGGCGGUAUUUGAAAGCUACUUUAUCCAGGUCACUGAGCCCGGGAACUGGAUGGAUGUCUGCGAAGGAUCUACCACCAUGAUCCUUGGGGUGACCUCCUCAGUGCCCUGCCUGCCACUCCCCAACGUCCUCCUGAUGGCCAACGUCACCUGGCCCCGGAGUCGGUUUUCCACCCAGAGCACACCCGGUCAUGCUCCUGUCAUCACACUCCGCAGGAUUCUCCCCCUGAAGUACGUGGAGCUACGAAUCUGUGACCGGCUCCAGCGCAUCCUGAGGGUUAGGACAGUGACGGAAAAGAUCUACUACCUGAGGCUCCACAAAAAACACCCAGAGGCCGUCUUUCAAUUCUGGAUGCGCCUGGUGAAAAUUCUGCAGAAAGGCCUGUCCAUCACCACCAAAGACCCGAGAAUCCAAUUCACUCACUGCCUGGUGCCCAAGAUGACCAACAACUGCACCGAGACAACAUUUCUGGGCUCCAACAGAAGCAUCGACACUGCCAUUGGAAUAGACAAUUCCAUCAGCGACAAGACACCCUUGCCAGUGGUAUCUUCAGUCGACUUGAAAGUACCCAUGAGAGCCACUUUGAGCCACAGCCUCUGGGAACAAGAGAACCCCGAUGAGCACUUCCUGCACGUUCCUGUGGCCAGUUCCCUAGGAGAGCACUUUUUAGGACCCUGA